UUAUCAACCAGCCUCGGAGAUAGAGGGGACAGAUCUGGAUCCUGAUAUAGUCCUUUCCACUGGGGCCCAAAAUCCAGGAUUAGAACGCCAGAAAAGAUUCUUGGGUUUUUGGUGACCCAUCCCAUCUUGGGACAGAAGAAAGAGAAGCGGAGAGAGGUGGAGGCUGACGUGAUUGACAAUCGAAAACGAAUAGAAAUUCCUACUUAUUGAAACUUCCAUGGGUCAGUCUAUGCAUGCUUCUGCUUCCAGGAUGAGAAGGCUCAGAAUCCCAGAUUGCCAUACCAGGAAAGGAGCUUAAAGAUCAUCUGGCCCAUCUUUUUAUGUACAAAGGAAUUGAGAUCCACAAAGGGAAAAAAAAAAGAAGAAGAAUUUCUUCAACCCCUCCUCCCUUCUCCCUUGGCUAAGGCUAGUUUUCCUUUUGAAAUAAAGAGAUUUAAAAAAAAGAUAGUAUGACUCGCAAGAGGUCAAAUUUUAUUUGAUUUACCCAAGCCUUAAAAGUGUUAGUGUUCUUAAAGAACCUAAGGAAUCUCCAGCUGUGGCUAUGGACCCAGAUGUGUGAUAUUGUGUGUGUGUGUGUGUGUGUGUGUGCGCGCGCGCAAGCACAUUUCAGCUAAGUAGUUCAGGAAAACUAGCUGUACAGGCUUUUCCAGUUUCACUUUCCACCCUCAGAAGUUCGCAAAGAAAAGGCAACACAGAAGCAUUCCUGGAGUGAGGGAGCAGUUUGAGGCAGUUCCGCACACAGGCAGGAUGAUGCUUGGGGAGAUCUGCCCCAUCCAGGCCAGAUGAACUCAGAUCCUUCUGUUUCCAACUGGAUGGGUCCUUAUGAAACAACAUUGGCACCCUGGGGGUCAGUCAGCAGUCAGUAUGGAGCCUUUUUUAAGGAAACACUUGACCUUCCUAUCAUUCUUUUGGGACAAACUUUGGCCCACAAGUGUCCCUGAUGACUGCAUCCCCAGAUAUCCUGGUCCUGAUCCUGUUACAAUGGACCUAGAUCCUGAUCCUGACCCAGAGCCUCUUUCUCCAAAAUCAAGCAGCCCUCCUCCCACCGUCCUAUUCAUGGCUCUGUAUGACUUCACAGCCAGGUGUGCGGAUGAAUUGAGUGUGAGCCGAGGAGACAAGCUUUUCGUGAUCAAAGAAGAGGGUGACUACAUCUUUGCCAGGAGGCUCUCUGGUCGGCCAAGCACUGGGCUGGUGCCCAUUAAUUAUGUGGCCAAAGCCACUCAGGAGACCUUCUCUGAUCAGCCGUGGUAUUUUGAUGGAAUCAGUCGAAGCGAGGCUCAACAGCUUCUACUCUCCUCUUCUAACCAGCAUGGAGCCUUUCUGGUUCGGCCCAGUGAGAGUAGUCGAGGGGAUUACUCACUAUCAGUUCGAAUGCAAGCCAAGGUCUGCCACUAUCGAAUUGCCAAGGCCCCAGAAGGGGGCCUGUAUAUUCAGAAAGGCCAAGUUUUCCCCAGCCUGGAGGAACUCCUCAUCUAUUACAAAGCCAACUGGAAGAUUAUCCAGACACCCCUGCUUCAGCCCUGUAUGCAAGAGCGGCCACUGGAGAGGGAUGAAUGGGAACGGCCCCGGACUGAGUUUGCACUUCGAAGAAAGCUGGGAGAAGGCUAUUUUGGAGAAGUGUGGGAAGGCUUGUGGCUGAAUAAGAUUCCGGUGGCCAUAAAGAUCAUAAAGUCUGCUGACAUGAAGCUUGAUGACUUCACCAAGGAGAUUCAGAACUUAAAGAGUCUAAAACAUGAGAAGCUGAUCAGGUUGCAUGCAGUCUGCUCCAUCGGGGAGCCUGUAUACAUUGUGACAGAGCUCAUGAGGAAAGGGAACCUCCAGAGCUUCCUCAACAGUCCAGACGGGAAGGCUCUCAGCAUCAUCCACCUCAUGAGCAUCGCCUGCCAGGUGGCUGAGGGUAUGACAUACCUGGAAGAGAGGCACAUUGUGCACCGGGAUCUAGCUGCUCGAAACAUCCUGGUGGGAGAUGACCUCACCUGCAAGAUCGCAGACUUUGGCCUGGCCAGGCUGCUAAAGGAUGAUAUUUAUUCAACAAAAAGCAGCACCAAAAUCCCUGUAAAAUGGACAGCUCCAGAAGCAGCCAAUUAUAGGAUCUACUCACAGAAGUCAGAUGUUUGGUCCUAUGGGAUCCUGCUUUAUGAAGUCUUCACAUAUGGACAGUGUCCUUAUGAAGGUAUGACCAAUCAGGAGACUAUUCAGCAGAUCUCCCGAGGUUAUAGACUGCCACGCCCACCCACUUGUUCCCCUGAGGUCUAUGUGCUCAUGUUGGAGUGUUGGAAGGGCAAUGCUGAGGAGAGACCUGCUUUCUUUGUGCUAAGGGAGAAACUCAGCUCUAUUUACAGACGUCUCCAUCAUUCCUUCACAUGACCUAAGCCCUGUUACCUUCCCCAUCCUCCUGCCCCAAUUCAAAAGCUGUGCAUAUCCCCAACCCAGUCCCUGGCUUUGGGAACAGAGUUUUCAGUGCCUUCCCAAUGCUUUCUUAUGGGGAAGGGGGCAUCAAGAGAAUGUCUGUAAGGACCCCAAAGGUCUAUGACAAGACUUAUUGAGCAUGGAUACGUAUCUGCUGUCAGGCUCCUCACAGAAUCUCAAAAUUGGAAGGCUUCUUAGAAGCCAUGUAGAUCAAGCUUUACCCCCCCCCCCCCAAAGCCUCCUACUGCCACAAACUGGACAACUGGUCUUCUGGAAUUUACUAGAAGAUCUCCAGUGAGAGGAAAACUCACUACCUCCCAGGACGGACCCUUCUAUUUCCCUCUUUUUUUCCUUAUCAUUCCACUUCCCCUAUGGGAAAAAAAGAAUGUGGAGAAAGGAACCUUCCUUACUGCUCGUCACUCUCAGGAAAAUAUUUAAUGUAAAUAUUGUACAGAGGACAUCUAAAUAUUAAGAAAGAGAAUAUCCUGGAAUAAUAUGUCUAUAGAAUUCAUGUGGUGGCUUACUGAUAUUUGUGAAUUUUCAUUACAUAUAUGAUCAUUUAACAGAU